AUGAAGAAACAUCAAACAAGGCAAAAGACUUUAAAUGAUCCUGUGAUUGUUUCACGUGUGAAAAAUUAUCUCGCGGAGAAUGUCGACAAGACUUUCGUCGAUGUUAGCCAAAUGGCGCGUUCAUUGAAAGAGCGCUACCGCGAGUACAACAACAGAAGCGACAGCGCCUUCUGUCAGAUGGUUGAAAGUGCUUAUAAAGUCGUAUUGCAGAGUUACGGACUUGACGGCGCGUCUACAUCCGACGGGUCAGAAGAAGAAUCUGAUUUAGAGCUCCUAGACGAAAACAACAGUGCGUUGAACGACCGCCUGCUCGCCAUGUACAAGAUGCAGGAUAAAAAACGUCCAACAAACAACAGGCGUAACACAGACAAGUCAGGCGAGCCUAUAGAUAUUUUAAGCAGCGACGAAGAUGGCACUACAGCGCCGAAACUACCGAAAAUCAAUGACCAAAUUACCAUAACCCCCCACAUACCUAACAGGAACGCUAAUAGCACGGCGACUGAAAGCGCGCAUAAAGCUCAACAAAAUGACCAUGCAAAUGAUAAGAAAAGGAAAGUUGAUUCCAGUAAAAAUGGACCACCAAAGAAAAAGCUUGAUAUUGGAAAUGUCAAAACUGUUAAGGUUAGUUUUGAGGACAUAGGGGGCAUUUCUGAAAUCAUCACUCAGAUCUGCGAUUUAAUAUUACAUAUGAAGCACCCAGAGGUGUACACACAAUUAGGUAUAAAAGCUCCCAGAGGUGCAUUGUUGCAUGGGCCUCCGGGGACUGGAAAGACUUUGCUAGCUCAUGCUAUUGCAGGAAAACUUCAAUUGCCCAUGGUUGCCAUUACGGGAACACAACUAGUGGGUGGAAUGUCUGGGGAAUCCGAAGAGAGAAUUAGAGAUCUAUUUGAGAGAGCAGUAUCUGUUGCCCCGAGUGUGUUAUUUAUUGAUGAGAUUGAUGCAGUUUGUGGUAAUAGAAUCCAUGCACAGAAAGAUAUGGAAAAGAGAAUGGUCGCCCAAUUGUUGGCUUCCUUAGAUACAUUGACUGAUACUAAUGCGUCCGUUCUUAUACUUGCUGCUACAAACAAUCCAGAUGCCUUAGAUCCUGCCCUUAGAAGGGCUGGACGCCUUGAACAGGAAAUCACUUUAGGUAUACCGUCAUUACAAGCUAGGAAAGAGAUUAUUUCUAUUCUUUGUAAGAAUAUUACUCUAGGUGAAGAUGUGAAUAUGAAUGUCUUAGCUCAAAUAACACCUGGAUUUGUUGGGGCUGAUUUACAAGCACUUGUAAAUAAGGCCAGCACUUAUGCUGUGAAGAGAAUAUUUAAAGAAAUUCAAGAAUCUAAAGCUAAAAAAGAGGCAGAACCUGCUGUUCAGUUGUCUCCUGCUAAUGAUGAUGUAGCUGUAAUACCAAAUGGGGACAAAGAAAGUGAAGUCAUUGCUGAAAAUGCAGGUGAUGCACCUGAAAGUGUUCCCGAGCCUUCAACAAUACCAAUAAUCCCAGAAGUACCUGAAGAAAUAGUUGAACCAGUUGCUAGCACUGAAGUUGAAAAUCAUGUCGCUGAACCUGUUAAGAAAGUGGACCCUGUUGAUGAGGUGUUAAGUCUCCUUGAGGUCAUGCCAUACACUCGGGAAGAACUAAGUGGUCUUGCAAUCAGACAUGAAGAUUUUGUUAAAGCUCUUAAGACUACCAAACCAUGUGCUGUCAGAGAAGGUAUUGUGACUGUACCCGAUGUAACAUGGGAUGAUGUUGGAUCUUUAAAUCAAGUGCGUAAAGAACUCCAGUUGGCGGUUCUUGCCCCAGUGAAAUAUCCUGAUCAGCUAGCUAAACUUGGAUUAUCAGCUCCCAGUGGUAUAUUACUCUGUGGGCCACCUGGUUGUGGUAAAACGUUACUAGCAAAGGCUGUCGCAAAUGAAGCAGGCGUCAACUUUAUUUCGGUAAAGGGCCCCGAAUUAUUGAACAUGUAUGUUGGUGAGAGUGAAAGAGCUGUUCGUACGUGUUUUAGACGUGCGCGAAAUUCAGCACCUUGUGUCAUAUUUUUCGACGAAUUCGACUCACUAUGUCCACGUCGUACGUCACAAGAUAACAAUGGCGCUGCUCGAGUUGUAAACCAGUUACUAACUGAAAUGGACGGUAUAGAGAGCCGGGAAGGUGUUUUCGUGCUGGCAGCUUCAAAUCGACCGGAUAUCAUUGACCCGGCGGUGCUGAGACCCGGUCGUUUGGACCGUGUCAUGUAUGUUGGAAUGCCAGCCAGUGAAGAUCGUUUUGAUAUCUUGCAAAAACUUACUAAAAAUGGCACAAAGCCGCAAUUGGGACCUGACGUAGAUUUAAAAGUUAUUGCGAAUAUAACGGACGGAUAUACAGGAGCAGACUUGGCGGGGUUGGUGAGAGCUGCUGCUACGAAUACAUUGACGAACCACAUUGCGAGUGGCAGUCUGGAAGGUGACAUUUUUGUUACUUUCGAAGACUUUAGAACUGCUCUCGCGAAAUGCAAGCCGUCAGUGUCGACGAAAGAACAGCUACAUUAUGAGAAACUGAGAUUGAAGUAUGCUUCGGGAGCAGAUGAUAGAGAUAUGGAAAUGGAAACAGAACCUCUAAAUGAAGAAUCUAUGGACACCGUAUGA